AUGGUUGUCUAUGUAGAAAUUAGACAACAAAGCCGUCGCGACGCCUCCCCAGCUGCCCCAGCUAAUGAAGACAGCCCCCCUGCGGAGGAGCAAUAUCAUCACGACGACGGCGACGCGCUUGACCGAUUGACCUCUGACCAUCACUUGGUCCCCGUCUCCACAGAGAUCGAGGCUGAUGUUGCGAGCCCUCCUGGCCCGCCAGCGUCGAGUUGGAUGGAAGACGCUGUCGAUUUCACGGUAACCUUCACCGAUGCCACGCAAGCCCCACAAGCCGGGUCACAGAAGAAAACCACCCAACGGAAGUCUCUUUCGCUAAAGAAGCCUCACAGAAAAAGGAGCACGGAGGACAGAGAGAGCUCGCCCACCCCUGAGAAGCGUCGUGCCGUCGUGGAAGCCACGGUGCCCUCCCCCAUCUUGUCGCAGAGGCGGGUCGUGCGACUGCCGUCGACGAAGUCAUCGCCCGCGUUCAGAUCGCUUACAGACAUCUGCUCGAUCUCCACCGUCCUCCGCUCCGCCUCGCCCAGUCCUGCACGAAGGUCGCAGCUUGGGACAUCGCAGCACGCCGGAUCCCCGGUUUUCCAACCCCUGGCAAACAGGGCCAAUGAUCGCGACAGCGCUGACUUCUCUGUGUCCACCGCUAGUAGUGGCUCACUCAGGCCUUUCCAUUCGCGCCGCGGUGCUUGUCUCGACUCCGAUGACAUCAUCAUCCCGCCGUCGCAGUACUACCCUCCACCAACAGCUGAGGACAAGACCAAGAGAAGCGCGUCCGCAGCCCAGAGGGACAGCGACUCAUCCGACGUCAUCCAGCCGUCGCAGUACUACCCUCCAUCACCAGCUAGUCGAAACUUCAUCAUGUCACAAAGACAUAAUAACUUACUUCAAAGGAGUCAGACUGUGUCACUCAAAAACAGUUUUUUAUGUAACUACAGUACAGAAAACAGACAACUUUAUGGAAAAUCACAGUGUCAAAAAGUUUUUAAAUGGAUAAAAAUGACAUUGAUUGUGAGAGCUGAUUGA